AUGUUACUAUCUAGGUUAGGAUUAGUAGGAGGAGGAGUAGGAAAUAUAUUUAAAUCAACGUUAGUUGAUCUAUCUAAAAAUCAAACUACUAGGACAUGUAGUAAUAUACUAUUAAAAUGUAAUCAGACUCGAAUCAAUUAUACGUCAUUGUUGUGUUUAUCAUUAUCACAACAUCAACAACAACAUAAUCUUGCAACUUCAAAUUAUGGUGGUGGUUAUAGUGGCGGCGGUAGAAAGAAACCAAUACAAUCAACAAGAGAUAAAGAGAGAUACAAUAAUAGAACAUUAACAAAAUAUAGAUAUGAAAAGACAUCUUCCUAUGACAAUGGUGAAGAAGACAAGUUAUUUGAUAGAUUUAAACCACAAACAAGAGAAAGAGAAAGAACAUAUAACAAUAAUAAUAAUGUAAACACCUUUAAUAGUAAUAAUAAUAAUAAUAAUAAUCGUACUAGUAGUCCAAUUGAAGAAAAGAUUGAUCCAAAUCAAGUUGAAAGAUUACAAAAGAGAUUAUCAAGAUCUGGUGUAACAUCUAGAAGACAAUCAGAGAGAAUGAUUAUGGAAGGAAGAGUUUGUGUAAAUGGAAAAGUAGCAUCAAUGAAAAAUGACUUGUUCGUUAAACCAACAGAUAUUGUAACAGUUGAUAACAAGAUUAUUGAAGAAUCAGUUCCAAAAAUAUGUAAUUUACAAGAUCCAGAAAAAGAUACGUUGAUUCCAAUAUUACAAAAAAUGUUAAACAAGGAUCAUUUAAUGUCUGUUGGAAGAUUAGAUUAUUAUUCAGAAGGAUUAAUUUUAAUUACAAAUGAUGGAGAAUUAUCAAGAUAUUUGGAAUUACCACAAAGUGGAUUUGAAAAGACUUAUAGAGUUCGAAUUUUUGGAAAGGUUACACCAGAUAUGAAUAUGGCAUUGACACGUGGUCUAACCAUCGAUGGUAUUAGAUAUGCACCAAUGAAGAUUUCAGUGGAAAGAGAGACAGAUUCGAAUACAUGGGUUAUUUGUACAUUGACAGAAGGCAAAAACAGAGAGAUUAGAAGAAUAUUUGAACAUUUUAAUGUAAAGGUACUAAGAAUUAUCAGAACUCAAUUUGGUCCCUACACUUUACCAGAAACUUUAAAACCAGGUGAAACUGUUGAAGUUCAUCUCAAAGAUGAAAUUAAAUCAUUUAAAAGUAAAUGGGCAAACAAAGAAAAAUUAAUUAGAAAGGCAAAAGAAGGUUUAAAAAAAAUGAAAUUAAAUCAAUCCAUCAACAACAAUAUUAAUAUUAAUAAUAAUGAAAUUGAAGAAGAUAAUCAAGUUGAAGAAGAAGAAGAAGAAGAAGAAGAGAUUAUUGAAAAAUAA